AGCAAUAUGCUCCACGGAAUGCAGCUAGUGGAGGAGCUCUCUCUGUCUCUUCGUCUAGGGUUUUGGCCACGAUCGAGGCGCUGGAAUCUCGAGCGCGAGGUAAGCACGGCAGCGCCGCUAGGAGCUCCUGUCAGCUCGAAAUCGGCAGCGGGAGAGUAAGAUUCUGCGGUAAUCUCCACCUCGUCAUUCCGAAAUUCUCCAUUCCAAUGGCGCCUGGAUCGGCCAGGAGUGAGAAUCACAGCCAGGGAUUAGGGGCAAGGGCCUAGGAGGUAGCGCAGGAGGAAGAGGAGGAGCAAGAUGGAUUGCAACUGCAUCAUCGAGCCGCAGUGGUCGUCCGAUGACAUCCACAUCCGGUACCAGUACAUCGCGGAUUUCUUCAUUGCGCUCGCCUACUUCUCCAUUCCGAUCGAGCUCAUCUACUUCGUCAAGAAAUCCGCCUUGUUUCCAUACCGCUGGGUGCUCGUACAGUUUGGUGCCUUCAUCGUCCUGUGUGGAGCUACGCAUUUCAUCAGCCUCUGGACGCUGGGCUCUCACUCGAGAACAAUGGCGACCGUGAUGACAGUCGCGAAAAUUCUCACAGCGGUGGUUUCGUGCGCCACAGCGCUCAUGCUCGUCCAUAUCAUCCCCGACUUGCUCAGCGUCAAGACCCGCGAGCUCUUCCUCAAGAACAAGGCGGACGAGCUGGACAGGGAGAUGGGGAUCAUCCGGACGCAGGAAGAGGCUGGCCGGCACGUAAGAAUGCUCACGCAGGAGAUCCGGAGCACGCUAGACAGGCACACCAUUCUCAACUCCACGCUGGUCGAGCUCGGGAAGACUUUGGCUCUGGAAGAAUGCACGCUGUGGAUGCCGACUAGAAACGGUCUCGAGCUUCAGCUCACACACUCGCUUCGCCAGCUGAGCAAGGCCAACGUUGGGAUCGUGCCGAUACACCACCCAACGCUGCGACAGGUUUUCAGCAGCAAUCGCGCGGUGGUCAUUCCGUCCAGCAGCCCUGUGGCCAUGACAAGAACACACGCUGGGAAAUACAUUUCUGGAGAUGCUGUUGCUGUGCGCGUGCCGCUCUUGCGCAUGGUGAACUUUCCAAUCGUCGACUGGCCCGAGCCGGCCAAAGGUCCGUAUGCGCUGCUGGUUUUGAUAUUGCCAUCAGAUAGCGCGCGAAGGUGGCGCAUUCACGAGCUUGAGCUUGUGGAAGUCGUCGCCGACCAGGUUGCCGUCGCUCUCUCCCACGCGGCAAUAUUGGAGGAAUCCAUACGGUCCCGAGACUUGCUAGUGGAGCAAAACAUAGCGCUGGACGCUGCUCGACAGGAGGCAGAGACUGCCGUGUCCGCUUGCAACGAUUUCCUAGCGGUCAUGAAUCACGAGAUGCGUGUUCCCAUGCAUACGAUCAUAACUCUCUCGUCGCUCCUCCAGGACAGCCAGCUCAAUGCGGAGCAACGGUCGAUGGUGGAGACCAUCCUACGCAAUAGCAGGCUUUUGGCCAAGCUUAUAGACGAUGUUCUGGACCUCUCCAAGCUCGAAGAUGGCAGCUUCCAACUCGAGAUUGCUCCAUUCAACCUUCUGUUUCUCUUCCGAGAGGUCUACAACCUUGUGAAGCCAAUAGCUGCUGUGAAGAAGCUUUACAUCACCAUGAAUUUGGCUGCCGACCUUCCGGAAUUUGCUGUUGGAGACGAGAAGCGUCUCUUGCAGAUCGUUCUAUUCAUCAUAGGAAAUGCCGUCAAGUUCACGAAGGAUGGAAGUAUCACAGUGUCCGCUUGCAUGGAGAGGCCGGAGUACUCGCGAGAUCCUAGAGCACCAGAGUUCCUUCCAACACAAGGCGAUUCUCACUUUUACAUUAGAAUACAGGUAAAGGACACUGGCAUUGGCCUACGCUCCCAAGACAUCCCCAAGCUCUUCACAAAGUUUGUCCAAGUCAACAAGCGGAGCGGUCCAGGCCUGGGCUUAGCACUAUGCAAAAGGUAA